AUGGGUUCAAAUAAAUUAUCAUCAGUUGCUAAAACUGCCAAUUUAGCUGCUCAAGCUAUUAGAACUACUUCUGUUAACAAAUCAAUCAGAAAUGCUGGACAAUUUCAAGCUUUAAGAAUGGGUAUGGGUGGAGUUAGAUUAGCAUCAAACGAAUCAGGACCAAAAACUAUGACUGUCAGAGAUGCUUUAAAUUCUGCUUUAGCUGAAGAAUUAGACAGAGAUGACGAUGUUUUCAUCAUGGGUGAAGAAGUUGCUCAAUAUAAUGGUGCUUAUAAAAUUACCAGAGGUUUAUUAGAUAGAUUUGGUGAAAGAAGAAUUAUUGAUACUCCAAUUACCGAAAUGGGUUUCACCGGUUUAACUGUUGGUGCUGCUUUAGCUGGUUUAAAACCAGUUUGUGAAUUCAUGACCUUUAAUUUCGCUAUGCAAUCAAUUGAUCAUAUUAUUAACUCAGCUGCUAAAACUUUCUAUAUGUCAGGUGGUACUCAACCAUGUAACAUUACUUUCAGAGGUCCAAAUGGUGCUGCUGCCGGUGUUGCUGCUCAACAUUCUCAAGAUUAUGCUGCUUGGUACGGUUCUAUUCCAGGUUUAAAAGUUUUAUCUCCAUACAGUGCUGAAGAUUACAGAGGUUUAAUCAAAGCUGCUAUUAGAGAUCCAAAUCCUGUUGUUUUCUUAGAAAAUGAAAUUUCUUAUAAUGAUACAUUCGAAAUGAGUGAAGAAAGUUUAUCAACCGAUUUCGUUUUACCAAUUGGUAAAGCUAAAAUUGAAAAAGAAGGUACUGAUAUAACUUUAGUCUCUCACUCAAGAAAUGUUAAAUUCUGUUUAGAUACUGCUGAAAUCUUAGAAAAAGAAUAUGGUGUUAAAGCUGAAGUUGUUAACUUAAGAUCUAUUAAACCAUUAGAUGUUCCAACUUUAGUUGAAAGUGUUAAAAAGACUAACCAUUUAGUUACCGUUGAAGCUGGUUUCCCAGCUUUCGGUGUUGGUUCAGAAAUCGUUGCUCAAAUCAUGGAAUCUGAAGCUUUCGAUUACUUAGAUGCUCCAGUUGAAAGAGUUACUGGUGCUGAAGUUCCAACUCCUUAUGCUAAAGAAUUAGAAGAUUUUGCUUUCCCAGAUCCUCCAACUAUUCUUAGAGCCUGUAAAAAAGUCUUAAGUUUAUAA